AGCGUUAGGCGUGUCAUGGCCUACCAGCCCCAGCUGGAUGAUUCCCGUUAUAACAUGAACAGUGCAUUUCUUCCUGCAUCUGUCACAGAGCAGUCAAUAGCUUCAGCAAGAGCCUCAGUCAUGGUGUACGAUGAUCUUAAUCGACGGUGGCUUCCCAGUGGGUCAUCCAGUGGACUUUCUAAAGUUCAUAUUUAUCAACAUAUUGUCAACAAUACUUUUCGAGUUGUUGGACGAAAGCUACAGGACCAUGAAGUGGUAAUCAAUUGUGCCAUUCUAAAAGGCUUGAAGUACAACCAGGCAACUCCAACUUUUCACCAGUGGAGAGAUAACCGUCAAGUUUAUGGUCUCAACUUCAGCAGCAAAGAUGAUGCUCAUGCAUUUGCAGUAGCCAUGGUUAAGGUUUUGGAAAUUCUGGACCAGAAUAAUUCCACACUUCCAAGGCCUUCUCAACCACCAGUAGUGCCUCAACAUUAUCAGCAACAACAGCCAAUUUAUCAACAGCAGCCUAUUUAUCAACAGCAACAACAAAAACCCAUUUAUCAGGUUCAGCAGCAGCAACAGCAACCAGUCUACCAACAAAUAGGCCAACCAAUGCACAAUGACACUGUAGAAACACGUGGCAGAACAAGAGAAGACUCAGGAGGAGAGAGAAGACAAUCUGCUGUUCAGUAUGCUACAAGUACAGUUGGAAGCUAUUCCAGUACUAGCCACCCAGUGCCUCCAACUAGUGUAUCCCCUAGUGGAUCAGGCCAUCAUCGCUCCCCCUCAGCUCCUUUAUCAACUCCACCUCCAGUUCCACCUCCCAUGCCAGCUCAACCAGCUGUUCCUCCACCUCCUCCUCCUCCUCCUCCAAAUCAUGUAGCUCCUCCAGCACCACCCCCACCUCCUGUGGGUGGUUCCCAGAUGCUUUCUCGACAAGUAUCUACAAAUAGUACCCCAAUGUCACUGGCUGCUGCACUUCAAACGGCAAAGCUGAGAACAACACAGCCAAAGGUGUCAGAGAAUGAACCAACACGGCCUGCUCCUGUUGGGUUGAUGGAUGAAAUGACAAAAACAUUAGCUAGGAGGAGAGCUCAAGCAGAAAAUAAUCAAAACAGUCAAGAUGGAGAGCCUACGACGCCAGGAUCAGAGGGAAAACGAUCCUGGGAAAGGCAAAGUUCUGUGAAUGGUUUCAGCCCUGGAAAAGGUAGCAGUUCUGAAUCUCCAAAACACAUUCGCAGGAGUCUGUUUGAGUCAUUUGUGGAUGGAGACUUGUGUAGAGCUAAUGGCAUUGAUUCAGUAGAUACAGACAGACUGAAACAAGAACUGUUGACAGAAAUUAAAAAAGAGAUUAAUAAAAUGAAGCAAGACAUAAUUGAAGGUAUUAAAUAAGAGUUCACCAGAAGAU